CCGGAACUGUGAUGUUCGGACCGCUGCAGCCCUACACUCCACAACACUAUUAUUGUUCAUCAUAUAUGAUUAAUUUCACUUUUCUCAAGUUUUCCUGCCAUGACGCUCUGGAUUCCCACUAAAAGAGAGAAAUACGGAGUGGCUAUCUAUAACUAUGAUGCUAAAGGACAGCCAGAGCUGAGUCUUCAGGUUGGGGACACGGUACACAUACUUGAGACGUUUGAAGGGUGGUACCGAGGAUACACACUACGACAGAAAUCACAAAAGGGCAUUUUCCCUGCCAACUAUAUUCAUCUGAAAGAAGCGAAAGUUGAGGGAACCGGGAAACAAGAGACUGUCGUACCAACAGAUUUGCCCUUGGUCCAGGAACUUGGCGCCACACUACGGGAAUGGACACAAAUAUGGCACACGCUUUACGUGAACAACAAGACCACGCUGUUCCGGAACGUUCAGCAGAUGGCCUACAGUCUGAUCGAGUACCGCUCGCAGAUUGUGUCCGGCACGCUUCCCAAUGACGAACUUGUGGAGCUGAGGAAAAAAGUCACUGCGAAAAUCGACUAUGGGAACAGGAUUCUGGGUCUUGAUUUAGUGGUGCGUGAUGAAGCCGGAAACACAUUAGAUCCCGAGCGCACCAGCACGGUCAGUCUGUUCAGGGCUCACGAGACCGCAUCCCUCAGUAUUGAUGAGAGGAUACAGGAGGAGAAGAUGCGUCUUCAGAGCCUGGAGAAGCGGCGUCAGGCCCUCUUCAGCGGCGUACACACGUACAGCAUCCUAAUGAAUCUCAAAAACUUUGUAUGCAACAUCGGCGAAGACGCAGAACUCUUCAUGUCAUUAUAUGAUCCUGACAAGUCUGAAUUUAUUAGUGAAAACUUCCUGGUGCGGUGGGACAGCACAGGCAUGCCGAAAGAGAUCGAAAAACUCAACAACCUUCCUGCGCUCUUUACGGAUCUGAGCAGCAGUGACCUCAUCAGACAGCGCCUCUUCCUGGUGUGUCAGAUCAUCCGUGUGGGAUGCAUGGAGCUGAAGGACGGAAAGAAACACACAGGAGGGCUGAGGAGGCCGUUUGGAGUAGCAGUCAUGGAUAUCACAGAUAUAGCCCAUGGGAAAAUUGAUGAUGAUGAUAAGCAGUAUUUCAUCCCUUUUCAACAGAUUGCCAUGGAAACGUACAUCCGUCAGAGGCAGCUAAUCAUGUCUCCUCUCAUCCCGUCUCGUGUCAUUGGCGAGAACGAGCCACUGGCUGCCGUCUUCAACAAGGUCAUCGCAACGCGAGAGGUCAACCACAAAGGACAGGGUUUGUUUGUGACCCUAAAGCUGCUCCCUGGAGAUGUGUUUCAGGUUAAAAAAGAUUACCCUCAUUUUGUGGAUCGCACAACAGCUAUAGUCAGGAAAAUGGGCUUUCCUGAAAUUAUCCUGCCAGGUUAUGUAAGGAAUGAUAUAUAUGUUACACUGCUACAAGGAGAAUUUGAUCGUGGCAAGAAGAAGACCCCCAAAAAUGUAGAAGUUAUAAUGAGCGUGUUGGAUGAAGAAGGAAAUCCCAUGGAGAAAGCCAUGUUUCCUGGAGCUGGUUAUGAAGGGAUCACUGAAUAUAAGUCUGUCAUCUACUAUCAAGUCAAGCAGCCCUGCUGGAAUGAGACGGUUAAGGUGGCCAUUCCUAUUGAGGAUGUGUGUCGAUGUCACCUGAGGCUGACCUUUAGACACAGAUCUUCUCAAGAUUCCAGAGAUAAGUCUGAGAAGCCUUUUGGCAUGGCCUUUGUUCGCCUGAUGAAGUCGGAUGGCACCACACUCCCAGAUGGAAAACACGAUCUCAUUGUCUACAAGGUGGGCAUCUUAAAGGAAUGUGGAUGUGUGGAUGUGAAGAAAACGGACGAUGCCAAGACGUAUUUGACUCUGCCUGGCUCGUAUGCUGAAGUGGAAGAGAAAGAGAGACAAACGGGAAAAUCCUUCCAUCAUGCCGGUCUCAUUCCUAUCACCAAAGACAGCUUCCAGAUCGCCACCCUCACCUGCUCUACAAAGCUUACUCAAAACGUUGACCUUCUGGGGCUUCUCAACUGGAGAUCAAACACCGAGAGACUUGAAGAAAUUCUUCAGAAACUGAUGGAAGUAGAUGGAGGGGAGAUUAUUAAAUUCCUGCAGGACACACUAGACGCUCUCUUUAAUAUCAUGAUGGAGACCUCAGAGGAAGAAACCUAUGAUACACUAGUUUUCAAUGCCUUGGUUUUUAUCAUCUCACUGAUUGGUGACGUAAAGUUUCAGCAUUUCAACCCUGUUUUGGAGACCUACAUUAGCAAACACUUCAGCGCUACUCUGGCGUAUCAGAAAUUGACCAAAGUGUUGAAUUAUUUUGUGGGCCAUGCCGAGAACCCGGCUCAUACAGAGCGACUAUACGCCGCCUUGAAAGCCUUCAAAUAUCUUUUCCGUUUCAUUGUGCAGUCUCGAAUACUCUAUUUGAGGUUUUAUGGGAAAAGUGAAGAUGCAGGGCAGUUUCUCGACUCCAUUCGUACCUUAUUUCUCUCAAUCAGCAAUCUGAUGGACAGACCUCUGGAUGAAGGAGUUAAGAUAAAGGCAGCAAUCUUGAAAUAUCUUCCCACCAUCAUCAAUGAAUUGCAGAAGGUCUUUGAUGCUGUAGAGCUCAGUGUUCAGCUGGCUAAGUUUAUCGAGAGCAUCCCAGAUUUUCAGAUGGUGAGGCAGAAGCUGGGCUGUCUGGUGAAAAUUGUUGAGAGUAACCUGUUCAAACAGCCAGACUGCAGAGAUGUUCUGUUGCCCCUGAUCACAGAUCAGCUGAGUGGACAACUGGACGAUCACUCCAACAAGCCUGAUCUUGAGGCCUGUGUACAGCUGCUGAGCACUGUACUGGACAUGCUGGACUGCAAAAACGUGGGUCCCACGUCCGGUCAUGUGAAGUUAAUCGUGGACCGUCUCUUGCGGAGGGUCAACCGUACGGUCAUCAACCUGAGCUUGGACUCUCCCUUCAUAGGCCACUACCUGGCAUGCAUGACCGCUAUCCUGAAACAAAUGGAAGACGCGCAUUAUGCACAAUACAUCAGCACCUUCAAAACCAGACAGGACAUUAUCGAUUUUCUAAUGGAGACUUUCAUCAUGUUCAAAAACCUCAUGGGCAACGUGUUUCCGCCUGACUGGAUGAUCCUGAAUCUUCUCCAAAUGAAAGUCUUUCUGCGGGCGAUAGACCAGUACUCGGAUGUUCUCAACAAGUACUUUCUGGACUCCGCUCACUUCCACUUACAGCUUUGGAACAACUACUUUCACCUGAUUGUUGCCUUCCUUACCCACAAGUCCUUGCAGCUGGAAUCCUUCUCUCUUGAGAAACGAGACAAGAUUCUCAACAAGUGCGGAGACAUGCGGAAAAGCAUCGGCUUUAAGCUGGGAGAUAUGUGGCAGAAUCUUGGCCCAGAGAAGAUAAAGUUCAUCCCUGCAAUGGUUGGGCCGAUCCUGGACGCCACGUUAGUGCCUGAGCCUGACCUGAGGAAAGCCACCAUCCCCAUCUUCUUUGACAUGAUGCAGUGUGAACACAAUGUUAGCUCCAACCACACCUUUCAGAAGUUUGAGAAUGAGCUAAUCACAAAACUGGACCAGGAAGUUGAAGGAGGCCGUGGUGAUGAACAAUACAAGAUUCUGCUGGAAAAAAUACUGUUGGAGCGCUGUCGGCCGCAUCGGUAUCUGUGUCAGUCUGGUGAGGAGUUGGCUCUGCUCUUGAGUAGUCUGCUGGAGAACCUGCUGGCCUACCGCACCAUCAACCACGACGAGAGCCCCGAGCUCCGCAUGAGCUGCACUGUCAACGUCCUGAACUUUUACAAAGAAAAGAAAAGGGAGGAUAUUUAUAUCCGAUAUUUGUACAAGUUACGUGAUCUACAUCUGGCCUGUGAGAAUUACACAGAGGCUGCCUACACCCUGCUGCUGCAUGCUGAACUGUUGGAGUGGUCCGACAAGCCGUGUGCGCCCCACCUGAUCCCACGGGACGGAGCUCAGGGCUGGACACAGCAAGAGCUGAAGGAAAGACUUUUUCAGGAAAUCAUGUGCAAUCUGGACAAGGGCAAAAUGUGGGAGAAGGCCAUCGAGAUGGCCAAACAGCUUGUUAAACUUCACGAAAACCAAAUGUUUGAUUUCAUAGAGCUCAGUCAACUGCUGAAACAGCAGGCACAGUAUUAUGAGAACAUCAUGCACGCUAUGAGACCUCAGCCCGAAUAUUUCGCAGUGGGAUACUACGGUCAAGGUUUCCCCUCCUUCCUCAGGAACAAAAUGUUCAUUUACCGCGGUAAAGAGUAUGAGUGGCUGGAAGACUUUAACCUCAAGCUGAUGUCUCAGUUUCCCAAUGCAGUGAAGAUAACCAGCACAUCGCCCCCUGGUGACAACAUCUCUAACUCACCCGGUCAACAUAUUCAGUGUUUUACGGUGAAGCCUGUCCUAACUUUACCUUCACAGUUCAAGGACAAGGGAGUUCCUGAACAAAUCCUCAAUUACUACAGGACGAACGAGGUGGACAAGUUCCAGUAUUCAAGACCGUUUAGGAAAGGAGAAAAAGAUCCUGAUAAUGAGUUUGCCACCAUGUGGAUCGAAAGGACCACUUUUAUUACAGCAUACCGCUUUCCAGGAAUCCUCAAGUGGUUUGAAGUGAAAUCCAUGUCUGUCGAAGAGAUCAGCCCUUUGGACAACGCCAUAGAAACCAUGGAGCUGGCCAAUGAGAAGCUGAGUAAUCUGGUACAGCAGCAGGCGUGUGACCGCUCUCUUCCUGUGCACCCGCUCUCCAUGAUGCUCAAUGGAAUCGUGGACCCGGCUGUCAUGGGCGGCUUUUCCAACUACGAGAAGGCGUUUUUCACAGACGCCUACAUGAAGAAGAAUCCCGACCACCUGGAGCGCAUUGAAGUCUUAAAACACCUGAUUGCAUUGCAGGUCCCAUUGCUUGAUGAGGGAAUUCGGAUCCACGGAGAGAAAUCCACGGAGCAGCUCAAACCCCUUCACAACAGAAUCGUCUCCUGCUUCCAGGACCUGCGCGCCAAAGUGGAGAAACUCUAUGGCGUCAUUACUCUACCCUGCUCUCUGACCGAAAAGAAAAAGAGUCGCGUGGGGUCGAUGGUGAUGCCAUACAUCAUGUCCUCCACACUCAGACGGAUGUCCACCAUCUCAAACGCCUCCUCGGGACACUCCAGCGGCUCAGGCUCCUCAGACGGACACUCCUCCAGGCCUGCAUCCCAGGAUUCACUGCUCUCCCGCGUGAGCGACAGCAGGGUUUCUGUUCUGUCCCGCUCAGAGGAAGAUAAUCGGAUAAGUAAGAAGAACAGGAAGGAAUGGAGCAUGAGCAAGUCUCAGGUCUUACUGGAGCGACCCGCUGACACAGACCAGAUUCCUCCAGAGAAGCAGCCAAGGCCGAAAAGUCUGACGAUAGGGGACCGGAGACUCACGCUGUCGCUGUUUCAUGGAGAAUCAUCCAAUUUGACUUUACACAACCCACUCAGCCCUCUGCCUGCCACACCACACACACCGCGCAGCUCGAGUUAUACGUGUCUCCCGAGCGAGAGUGACUUCAUCACGGACAUCCCUCCACCAAUGCCACCCAAGAAACACCCUCACGAGAGCGAGAGCAUCUAUAACUCUACUUCUGAGUUCACGCCUCCUUUACCGACGAAAGCUGAAAUCAAGCCUCCACCACCGCCACCCAAAACACGCAAGUCCAUGUUUUCCACUUACGAGAGCAAUCCACAAUAAAGACACUCCGGUUCUCCUGCGUGCUGUGAGGGUUCCACUUAUAGAGGAAAAACAUCUGAACGCUACUAUUCUGAGCUGCGAUUUGUGAUGAAAAUUUGAUUGAAGAUAAUCAUUACAUUUUUUUUUUGUAGCAAAACAGCAAAACGUUUUUUUUUAUUUGGAAAUGAACUGAAAAAUGUAUUUAUUCAUCACUGCUGUGCAGGAACGUGACCAAAGGUUGGUUUGAAUGUUCAAAUCGGCCUCACAUCCACUGGAUUCAUUAGUUUAUCUAGACCUGUAGCUGUGCCUUAUAAAAAGAGAUAUUUAAAGUUAUUGAAGUUUUUACUUCCUCGGUGCACAUAUUCACUUUGCACAUUGCUCAUAAUUGUUGAGUUGUGCAUUCAUGCAAUUAAACCUUUUCUAGUUGAACUUGUUGAACCAAGGACUAGGAAAAGACUGAUUGUGUUUGUGUUUUCACUGUAGAGAUCUACAUUUGUAUGAAAAACCCCAAGCAUUUAAGAAAGCCUGUGAUCUAAAUCAGUAUAAUAAUGCAAGUUUUAUCAAAUAAAAAAAACAGAAUUCAGGAAUGUGUCAGCACUUAAAUCUCAGCUAGGUGAAGCGUAGUUCUUCGCGGAACGGUACAUUUAGUUUGGAGCUGGGCCGGUCGGUCCGCUCCAUGCUUGGGACGGCCCUGGUUUGGAUCAACAUACUCGCCUAUGGGACGCGCUAGGAAG